CUCUGGAGGCCCGGGUGCGGGCACCGUGCUGAGCCGGGCUCCUCCUCCCGGGAGCCCAGCGGCGGCCCGGAGCCCAGCCUUGCGACCCGCGCCGCUGCCGGCCCAAGUGGCCCGGGUAGCCGGCGGGGUGCGGCCGUUCUAGCCCAGCCCCCGCUAGCCGAACCCUGAGUAGGACUCGGGCCUGCGGGGUGCCCUGUGAUGAGGGAGCUUGGAAGAACUUUCCUUUCAGCAGAGUGAGUGUGCUGCUUCAGUAGCGUCCGUCCCCAAGCUUGACCUGCGGUGAGGCUCAGCCAUGCAGGAAAACCUCAGAUUUGCUUCCUCAGGAGAUGAUAUUAAAAUAUGGGAUGCCUCGUCUAUGACACUGGUGGAUAAAUUCAACCCCCACACACCACCCCAUGGAAUCAGUUCAAUAUGUUGGAGCAGCAAUAAUAACUUUCUAGUGACAGCAUCUUCCAGUGGUGACAAAAUAGUGGUUUCAAGUUGCAAGUGUAAACCAGUUCCACUUUUGGAGCUUGCUGAAGGGCAAAAGCAGACAUGUGUUGAUUUAAAUUCCACAUCUAUGUACUUGGCAAGUGGAGGCCUAAAUAACACUGUUAAUAUUUGGGAUUUAAAAUCAAAAAGAGUUCAUCGGUCUCUUAAGGAUCAUAAAGAUGAAGUAACUUGUAUAAGAUACAAUUGGAAUGACUGCUAUAUUGCAUCUGGGUCUCUUAGUGGUGAAAUUAUCUUGCACAGUGUAACCACUAAUAUAUCCAGUACACCUUUUGGCCAUGGGAGUAACCAGUCUGUUCGGCACUUGAAGUACUCCUUGUUUAAGAAGUCUCUCCUGGGCAGUGUUUCAGAUAAUGGAGUCGUGACUCUCUGGGAUGUCAACAGUCAGAGUUCGUACCAUAACUUUGACACUACGCACAAAGCUCCGGCUUCAGGCAUCUGUUUCUCUCCUGUCAAUGAGUUGCUUUUUGUAACCAUUGGCCUGGAUAAAAGAAUCAUCCUCUAUGACACGUCAAGUAAGAAGCUAGUGAAAACUUUAGUGGCUGACACUCCUCUGACUGCAGUAGAUUUCAUGCCUGAUGGAGCCACUUUGACUAUUGGAUCAUCCCGUGGGAAAAUAUAUCAAUAUGACUUAAGGAUGUUGAAAUCACCCGUGAAAACCAUCAGUGCUCACAAGACAUCUGUGCAGUGUAUAGCGUUUCAGUACUCUACUUCUCUGACCAAAUCAAGUUUAAAUAAAGGCUGUUCAAAUAAGGCCACAGCAGUGAACAAACGAGCCGUCGGCCUGAGCAGCACCAGCAGAGCAGGUCAGAAUUCUGGACCUGUCAGAGAGACACCGGCCCCUUCCGUUGCCACAGUUCUUCCACAGCCCAUGACAACAGCUGUGGGGAAAGGAACCGCUGUGGCUCAGGACAAAACAGGUUUGUCUCGAAACAUAAAUACAGAUAUUUUAUCAAAGGAAACAGACAGUGGAAAAAAUCAAGAUUUAUCCAGCUUGGAUGAUACUGGGAAAAGUAGUUUAGGCGACAUGUUCUCACCUAUCCGAGAUGAUGCUGUUGUUAACAAGGGAGGUGAUGAAUCUGUAGGCAAAGGAGAUGGCUUUGACUUCCUACCACAACUGAACUCGGUGUUUCCUCCAAGAAAAAACCCUGUCACUUCAGGCACUUUGGUCUUGCAGUCUAGUCCUCUCAGUGUCUUUAUGGGGUCGCCAGGGAAAGAAGAAAAUGAAAAUCAUGAUCUGACAGCUGAGUCUAAGAAAACAUACCCGGGGAAACAGGAGCCUAAGGAUUCCUUGAAACAGUUUGCAAAGUUGAUCUGCUCUGGUGCUGAACCUGGAAUUCUAAAUCCUUCUCCAUCAUCUAACCAAACAAGAAAUCUUGAGAAGUUUGAAAAGCCAGAGAAAGAAAUUGAAGCCCAGUUGCCAUAUGAAUCUCCAGUCAAUGGAUCGUCAACUCCAAAUCCUAAGAUAGUGCCCUCUGUCACUGCCGGAGUAGCCAAUUCACUCUCAGAUAAAAUAGUCGAUACCAUUGGCAGCAGUCGGCCAAAUGCACCCUUGACCUCUGUUCAGAUCCGCUUCAUUCAGAACAUGAUACAAGAAACACUGGAAGACUUCCGAGAAUCUUGCCAUAGGGACAUUGUGAAUCUGCAAGUAGAAAUGAUUAAACAGUUUCAUAUGCAACUGAAUGAAAUGCACUCUUUGCUGGAAAGAUACUCGGUGAAUGAAGGCUUGGUGGCUGAAAUUGAAAGACUGCGAGAGGAAAACAAAAGACUGCGGGCCCACUUCUGAAGAUUCAGAGUGCCUUCAUGUUUUAUAAUUUGGGAAGUUUCUGGCAACAGAGAACGACACAGAAUCAGUAUUUUCAUGUCCUCAAAAAAGGAUUUUACACCAACCACUAUUUCAUCUCUGUCAGAUGUAUUUAUAUUUUUAUAUUAAAACUGUGCAAUACACCAUCUGCCUAAUAAGAAAGUCAGCAGGAUCUUUAUUUUCUGAAAGCUUUAGCUGUACACUAAGUGCCCUUUUCCUAAGUGAAGAAAAAUGUGCCUAAGAAUAGCUUAUGUUUUUACAAUAGCUUUUUAAAACAUAUUUUUGAUGGAAAAAUUGUCAUCCAAAUUUUUUUAAGUAGCUGAAGAUUUAAAAUUUUGAUAUGCCUUCUAUUUUAUGGAGACAUUUAAAAAUAGCAUUUGGUUUUUUUCAAGUCAUUGAUUAAUAAAACAGUUAAUUAUUUUGUUAGCUAAUCAUGAUGUCAGGUUUGCCUUAUUUAUUGUUUGUGUGAUACUUUUGAAGCUUUGAGUUGUACAGACACCUGGUCCCUUUGCAUGUCUGUGCUGUUACACUUUUGGUAGGUCCUUACUUCUGGUUAGCUAACUUCACAUAUUAAAAACUUUUAAGGGUUUGUAAGAUUCAAGGACUAUACAUCUGCUGAUUUGUCUCAUGAAUUAAUGAUAUGUAAAAUGAUACUAUAAAAUUUUAAUCAUCACAACUCAACUUACAAUCAGUGAACAUUUAAGAUACUAAAUAUUGCAGUAUUGCCAUCUUUUUCUUCCAAGUGAAAAGUGUGGAUUACUUUUUUCCGUGGCUGUAUCAUGAACUUUCUCUAAUUCUUGUGUGCUGUGAAUAGUAUGUUACUAGCCUAAUCAUGAAGUUAUUUAUACUGUUUCAUCAUGAUAACCUCAUUGACAGUAGUUGGACGUGCUCAUCUACCUGCUGUGAUCCCCACUCUUGGUGUCAGAUUCAGAGGGCUACUCGCGUGUUUAUGUUCUUGUUGCCUCUUGCCCAAAGAUUUAGACUGUGUACUUUGUAUAUAGGUCUGUUGCCCAAUUUUGGCUUCUGGGAUGAAAACUAUUUACUAAAAUGUAGCUUAGUUUGCUAACUUUAUGCUUUUCCAAAGUGAUGGAAGAUGUAAGGGUAUAUUUAAUAACUUAAUAACUAUAAACAUGAAUAAUUACUUCCAAACGUGAAACAGGAAUAUUUUCUUUUCCCAUUGUGGCUCCGAGAUCAUGCAUUGAAGCAUACAAAGAUGUUGUGUUUUUCCUCAGCAGAUUAUGGCAGCAUUCUGACUUGUAACAGGUCCUUAUGUGUCACUGUCAAGUUUAGGAUGCAUAAAUAUUAGUGUGUUCUCUCUACAUGUUAUAUUGAAAUUUAUUAAUAUUUUCCUAUUGCAGUUUUUCUAUAGGUGUAUGUAUAUAUUGUGUAUUAAAAGGGGUCUGAUAAAUAAUUUUAGUAGUUUUAUGUGUAUAGAUGAAACACUUGUCAUGGAUUUAAAAGCAAAGUACAAUAAAUAAAAUUUUUGUAUUCAAAACA